ACAGGAUCAACGACUCGGUUACACUGAUUGCAUGCCCGUAACGAAUUUAGUCCUCUCAUUAUUACUACUUGUGACUGCAGAGAACCAAAUUUUUUCCCUGCCUGAUCAAUAAUCAAAUUCAGCCGCUUAAUUUUCAUGUUGAAACUGGCUGAACUAAUAAGAAGUUGGUAUCAUUAAUUGCGAUGUAAUAAUGGAUCCAGUUUUAUGCGUGGAAUUCGGUGCAUUCUUCAUUAAAGCUGCGGUUAUUUCCAGCAGCGGACCGCGCAGAAUCACGGACAGCAGCGGAUCCGCCGACAUCCCAGCGUUUAUUCAUUAUGAUAACAAGAGCGUAGCGAACCAACCUCCCAAUAUCUGGGUGACAUUCGGCACGGAUGCGCUGAACAAGUACAUCGACAAUCCCAAAGGAUGUUUAAUGUUUCCCAAGAUAUUUUUAGGAAAGUAUGUUCAAGAGUGCGACACCAUCAAAUCCGGAUUGCACCUGGCUGGAUGGAAAUUCACCACAGGAACCAGCGAUGUGGUGCGUGUCGUACGCGAUAUGUUAACGGAAAUUAAACACUUAGCGAACGCACAAACGCGGAUGAAGAUCACCACAUUGUAUGUGGCGCUGUCGUCGUAUCCGAAUCCGAGCGUGGAUAAAGUGUUUGUCAGUGCGGCGAAGAUGGGACACUUUCGUAGCGUUCGGGUUAUUCCGUUAGCACCAACGUUGCCGCCGAUUAUGCAGAAAAUUAUUGAUCUGAAGACUGAUCUCGUCAUCGUGCAUCUAGAUUCCACAUCAAUCGAAAUUUCGGUUAUGCGAUUUAAUGGAAAACAUUCUACUAUUGUGUAUAAGAACGUAGUGCCAAUCGGGAUUGUGGAUUUCUUAAAGGUUGUAUUAAAAUGGUGUUUGGAGAAACUGGGAAAUCUGCAAAAUCAGCAGUGCCUUAUCGAACGUGUACGAUGGCAUUGCGUACAAAUCGUGAUGAAGUUUUUAUAUACGGAAGAAACAAGUUAUCGGAUGCAUAUUAAUAAGCAGACUACAAGAAACUACUCCUCAAAUAAGAGUGCGAAAGACUUCAAUUUGCAAAUUGAGCGGCACGAAAUCCGGUAUCACUGGCGCAAAGCGUACGUUAAGCAGUUGGAGUAUCUUAACGCUAUCCUCCUGGAUUAUAGCAUAACCACCAAAAAGGUCAUGUUUUCUCCGAGAUCCCUUGCACAGUUCCUGAUCAAUCGGAAGGUCUCCAGAGCGUUUGAUUCAGCCCACCACUGCGAAGAAGAGUAUUUCGAGAGAUUGUGCCAGUGUGUUGACCAACCAGAAAUCGGUUUGUCUACACAGCCUUUUGGGGCUGAAGAAGUGGAUUACAUCGUUCCCGUUGCAAUUGACGAAUCUUACAAUACCACUCCGAACUGGAGUUUCUCGGUUAAGACAGAGUCAGAUUUAGUGGAAUCAGCGAAGAUUCCAAUGGGAAAAAGUAUUACCACAUUCGAACCCAUAUGCUCGUUCCAACAGGUUAGUCCCCACCAAGCCGGACAUAUUUCCAGUUUGCAGUUUUUGACACCGAAUUUUAUCUGCGUAAGCGGGCUGUGCAUUAUUUGCGACGUUUACGCUGUGAACAAGUCUCUGGAAGCGAGGAAAGUGUGGACCGAACAUUUUUCGGAAAGCGACGGUGUUGAACAGUGUUUGCCGAAUCUUCCCACGAAUAUGCUUCUUAUCGCCGAUAGUAAUGGGAUUCGCAUCGGUGGUAAGUUCAGCGAUCUGCCGAAUGGUAUUGUCCGGAAAGGUCAGUUUGCGAAGUGGUUCCAAUGGAUUUCCGACGAUUGUUUAGCAUACGCACUCGACAGCCACAUAAUCUUCCUGGACAUCAAAGAAGACUGUGAUGUACUGAUGCCGUAUCCGAUUUCUCAAAGGUCUCCAGUGUGGCAGUACGCCACAGCUUGCAAGAAAAACGCCAGCAACGUCAGUGGAAUGAUUCGUGACGUGCUGGAAAAAAUUAAGUUGUUAGCCGAUGCACCGAUUGCAGAAGACAUUUUGUUAUCUGCGCUAGUUGACAACACGGUGGAAUCUGAUCUAAUAACCAUCAACAAGACAGGUGUAGCCAGCGAAUAUUAUAUAAUUACCCGGUAUGCCUUGUUGGCGGCCGGUGAUGUUCAGGAUCGGACGGUGUGGGUGGAAGUGAUUACGUUAGAAGGCGAGGAUGAGCCCCUUGCAUUACAUAGUCUUUCCUUGUGCGGUUUACUCAUUGUGCUAACGCGUCGCUCGGUCUUACUUUUUACCGCAUCAAACGGCAGACUUCUUCACACAUCCCGAGUCAGUAACGGCGUCUUGGAGCGAUACCUUAACAGCGGAAUCUCCGACCGGGGAGGCAACGGAGUUCAUCAAACGUUGUUAAUUGCGGAUACCAAUAAACAGAUUUACGCUUUGCGCAUCGCGGCUGCAGACCUUUGUCAAUCGGCACUGGAAAUAGACGAUUCGUAUACCGCACUGAAAACCAGCGUGGCCUUCCAGCUGACCAUUACCUCCAGCUUGCUCCUACAGGCGCUGCCGGAUGUGGUGGAUGCCCAGGAUUUUCACUUGCUGUCGACAGCCAUGGAUAUUGUCCCAAAGUCCUGUAUGGAAGUUCUGCAAGUGCUGCUGCAAUACUACCACAAAAUUGUCGAUUGGGAAAGAGUGCUUCAACCGUCGCUGAUGCGGCACGUUGAUUGUGAAGCGUUACUGGAUAUGUUAGCUAAAUUCAAAUGCGCUUCUGGUGUGCAGAUCGUGAUCUCCUUAUUUUGCGCCAGCGACAUUCGGGUGAUUUCUGUGGAUAAGAUGCUGCAGAGAUGCUUUACGCUGGCAAACUCCUUUAACCUGAUGGAUCUUAUGCAUAAAAUCCUCCAGAAAAUGUGCACAAUAAACCCGAAACUCAUUGAGCUCCAAUUCCUGGAUAAUUUACCAGCUGAUCAUGCGUUGUUUGUGGAAUGCCAGUCUCGAGAUCUCCUGUAUGAGAGCCUUGUUCAAGCUCUUCUAAAGCAGAAUGCAGAUGAUCAUCUUAUUUCCCUAAUAAAUCAAAGUGACCAUAUCGUCCUCCUUCUACGUGCUCUGAUUGGCGCAACUGUGGACCGUGAAUUUCAACUGCUGCAACAAAUCAUACCGCGGACUAAUGAAGAUCUGAAUGUGCACAUUGCAGAAUUGCUGCUCAGCAUGGAAAGAUGGCCAACGUUAUUCGAGUGGCUGCAAAAAGUCCAAGCUAUCCAGGAAAUGGAUCCCGACUUUUCCACGCGUGUAACUGUCAGUCUCGUUAAUUCCGAAAAUGGACGAUGUUAUUUUGCACAAUUCUCAAAGCAUCUUUCUGAUGUCUUCUUGGAAGACGUGAUCAGCACGGUGGUCUCUCAAUCGGUUCCGGUACCAAGUGACUUUUGGCGUGCCAUUAUUCACAACUGCAUUGAAAGGAACCUUUUAGUAAACGCCAUCAGAGUAAUAGCUCGGUUUCCAUCGAGCUCGAUCAGUUUUGGCGAACACCUGCUGCAAACGCUGCCUGAAUAUGCGGAAGACAUUGUUGCGUGGCCAAUUAUCGUGGAGUACUUUUAUGCGUUCCCCGACGGACCUCUACGCGAACGAGCUCUAACUUAUCUGGAAAGAAAAGCGCCGGAUGCCUUCGCUUUCGCCCAUAGCCAACGGAGACAAUCGGAUCGUGAUACAGGCAAUGGCACCUGCAAUAUAUGCUGCGAUGCGGCAUGGGAUUGCGUCUUUAUUCCCUGUGGACAUGUCACGUGUUUCCAGUGCGCACAAUCUCUAGAUGUUUGUCCGCAGUGUCGGGAGCCAAUAUCGUUUAAGCAGAAAAUUUUUUUACCAUAAACGCGAAAUCUAUUGCGACCCAUACCGUCAAAUCUGUUCUACGAUGUUUGAUAAUGUGUUC